CACCUCGAACUGUCGUGCUUCUAAACAAACAACGAUUCCUCAUUAUACACAAAUUUAUACAAAUUACUACAAAGUAAACAUUGAUUCCAUUUUUGACCACAGAACAGUCGUUUGAAAGAACAGUAUUUGCGAUUCUCAAAUGAUGAUAAAAAAUCUUAUUUCGGAUUUCUUACUGAAUCUUGUGAUAGUGUUCUCCAUAGAAGGUGAAGAUUCUUCAUUCCACACAUAUUGAUAAAAAUGACUACAAUAUAGAAAUUAAUUCAAUUUCUUUACCGCAGAACAAUUGAUUGAAGAACGGAAUUUCUUAUCCUGAAUUCAUGAUUCUCAAUUGAUGGUACAGUGAUUUAUUUCGGAUAUGCUCCUGUAUCUUGUGAUGAUGUGUUUUCCAUAGAAGGGAAUUAUUCUACAUUCCACACAAAUUGAUACUAAUUGCUGCGAAUUACAAAACAAUUCUAAUUGUCGACCACAGAAAAGUCCUGAAUCUUGUGCUCAUGUAUUCUUGUAGGAGCACAUUUUCCAUUUGAAACGAAUUAAUACCAAUUACCACAAAAUAGAAAUUAGGCAUUCCUUUUUUUGACCCUAGAUUAGUCGAUUAAAAGAACACAAUUUGUGAUCCUAAAUUUAUAUUCCUCUAGUGUGAACAUAGUAAUUUAUUUUGGAUUUGUUCGUAAAAAGUGUGAUGAUGUAUUCCCCAUAGAAGGAGAAACUUAUCCAUUACACACAAAUUGAUACUAAUUACUUUAACAUACAAAAUUAUUCUCUUUUUUGAUGACAGAACAAUCGAUUGAAAGAGCAGAAGUUGUCAUCCUCAAUUGAUGAAAAGGUGGUUUCAAAUUUGUUCCUGAAACUUGUGAUGAUGUGUUCUACAGAGAAUGAUAUUGUUAAAUCGACACAAAUUCAUACAAAUCACUUAAAAAUAAAAACUACUUAUAUUUUCUGACCGGAGAACAGUCGCGCAAAAGAACAGAAUUUAUGAUAAACUGAUGAUACUCAAUCGAUGACUCAUAGGUUUAUUUUGGAUUUGUUUCUGAAUCUUGUGAUGAUGAAUUCCGCCUAGAAGGAGAUUAUUAAAUCGACACAAAUAUAUACAAAUGACUACAAAAUAGAAAAUAAUUAUAUUUUUUUCCACAAAAUAGUCUAUCAAAAGUAUAGAAUUUAUGAUAAACUGAUGAUCCUCAAUCGACGACACAGUGAUUUAUUUGAGAUUUGUUUCUGAAUCUUGUGAUGAUGUGUUGUCGAUAGAAGCAUUUUCACGAGUGAAAAAUGGAAAGAGAAUUGAGUUUUGCAGAAUUAUUUCUGGGUGCAAAGUGAAGCGACAUGACUCAGUCAAGAAAGGAGAAUGAAGGAUUCCCGACACGUGUGAGCGAGCGUCUUGGGACCCUUUGCUGAAACAGAAUUCGCAUUUCCGGCGAGUGAUCCGUAUAAUUUUUCAACAGGAAAAUUUGUCAUGGAACCACUCUACUGAGAAACAUGUAAGGUUGAAAGAAAGGACGACGGCCUGGAACAAUUUCUCAAGAGGACCUUAACAGCGGUCAUUUUUUCAUUCAGAAAAUAUUCUUCAGACAUGGUCAGCCAACACGCAAUGGCAACCACCGUUCGCAGAGUGAAACAGGAAAACAGAUUGAGGAAAUUGAAUCAAAAUCAAGAUGAGGAGGAGUUUUAUAAGCCGGUUCCUCCACCAAAGCCGGUGAAAAAUAAUCAGAAAAAUCAAAACUUUGAACAGCCCCAACAGACGAUAGACGAAGCGUGUCCACAGCCGACUUCCGGUCAACAGCAAAACUCGGGGGAGGACACGAUCAUUCGUAAUUCCGGGCAAACCCCAGCCCCGGAAUACAGGAUGCCACCUUUGUAUGGCGAUGAGCAGAGUUCGCAUCAGGCUCAACAAGCAGCCAAUCUUCAGACACAUAGUAGCAAAUUUCCGAUUGAGCGCGAGGUCGUUCUCUCGUCAGGAGACAAGAACACGAAAAUCCCGAUUCUUCACGAGUACAAGCAAAGAAGUGCCGGAAGGGUGGCAAUCGCACCGGAUGCACCAAUCAAGCAGCAGGCCUGGGUUCAGGAGGUGAGGCGAAAUUGCAUGGGAAAUCAGGUGCAGGAACUGAGGCAGGAGAGCCAGAAAAAUUACCAAUCUCAAGAAAUCUACUCGUCGACGUCGACAGGUGCCGUCCCUAGGACGACUAAAGUCGAGGAGGAAAAGACCAAGACUUUAUCGAAAACUUACCAUACCAUCAAGGAUAUGAUAUCGAGUCGAUUUGGACCAAAUCGAAAGGAAGUGGAACCUGAACCUGAAGCUAGUUUAAAUAAUGUGACUGAGGAACUCAGAAAAUCGAGUAGAAGUAUUGAUGAGGAAGAGGCUAAGAAGAAGGAAGGAAUUUAUGGAAAACCUCGUGCUCAGGACCCGUCUGUCAGUAUGCAACAGUAUCCCAAAAAUAGCUAUGGUCAGUAUGGACAUUCCUAUGGUUAUCAAAGUGGUCAGCAAAUGGUUCCACUUCCAGGACAACUUCAAUCUCCAUCACAGAUACAGCCUAGUUUACCUGGGCAAAGUGCUCAGCUCCAUGUGACUCAUAUCACCCCGCCAGGUGGAGUCCAAAUGGCUCAUCAGACUCAGAUAUCUGGUUUUGCUCAACCUACGACUGGUGGACAACCGGUUCAGAAUGUAAACAGGGAAUACGUGGUUCAAGGACCAGGGGCUAUGACGAAUAAACACCAGGGUAUCCACCAGGGUCUCCAUCAAUCUUCAAAUCAGAAUCCGAAUCAGGGCAUGCAUGUGAUGAAACACGGUCUCUCGCUACAGCAAGCUGCAAACUCGCACCAGUCUUCCAAUCAAAGUUACCAAAGUCCUCAACAGCUUCUCCACCAGAGUCAGCAUCACCAAAGUCCGAGAUUUUCCCAGCAACAUGCUCAAAAUAUGCACCAACGCCAGCUGAUUCAACAGAUGCAUCAGCAACAAAUGGCAGGACAGCAGCCCAAUCCCCAGUCACCUAUGAGGACCCAAAACACCCACUUUUCUGGAAACACUUCUUACCAACAGUUCCAGCAAAAUAGACAAUCGAUGACCAGAUCUCAGAUAGAUUUACCAAGUACAUCGAGGCAAGUGCAGGAUCUCAGAGUGCCAGGACAGGAGAUUUAUUAUCAUUAUGGCCAAGGGAGACCGAGGUAUGGAGUGCCACAAGUUUAUAUGAAGCCGGAAACUCCAAGUCAGGAGGUCGAGUAUCAAAGGCGGAAUUCCUCGAAGGGUAUCGAGAAAGCCGCCUCUCAACCCCAUCUCUCUUUCGAGGAGGAGAGACUCGGAAAUAACGAGAGCUCUUCUCAACGCAACAAUCCCUCCGAGACGAUAAAAGCCAGUGCUUCUGUGGACCCUCUGGACAAGGAAAAAUAUGAAAUUACAGUAGAAGAUCGCCAGGCUGAUUUCGGCAGAAGUGGGUCCCAGAGGAAAGAGGAAUACAGACCUGAGACCAGCUUUGGGGUUCGUCGAGACGAGGUUAGGUCAUCCAAAAGAGAAAUGGAUCAACAAGAGGGUCAAAAUUCCAUUCAAAAUUCGAGUCAAAACUCUUCCAUUCAAAAGCGGAUAGAAGAGCUUCAGAAAAGGAAUGAACACGAUGGAAUCUAUGCUGCAAAAGUUUCCAAAGAUAUGAGUGAAAAUGAUGAUAUCAGAAAUUCGGGGCAGAAAGCUGAAAAUUCAAAAAGACUGGAGGCUACUCAGUUCAAUAAUAAGGAAAAUUAUUCUAAAACCGAGUCGAGGAAGGAUGAUCUUGAACAUGGAAUUGCAAGAUUAAAGAUCCAGGGUCAGGGAUCAGGAUCUGAUUAUGAUAAAGCUGGACAAAGUUCUUCUAAUGUGGAUUCUGGAAGGGGCUCUGCUGUUUAUUCGAGUGGGAGACGACCUCCCCCUGAAGAGCAGGGUCUUACUCAAGGACAGGAUUCCGAGUGGGUAGAUAUAGUGGAAUCAGAAUUGAGGAGUAUUUUGGAACCAAGAGAUGUUCCGGCAAUGGCCCACUCCACUUUGUCCGAAAGUGUGUCUUCAGUGACACCUCCCUUGCCUCCUUUAUCGCCUCACGGCAGCCCUAGAACACCAAGGAGUAGAUAUUCAGCAAGUUUACCAUACGGCGUCAAACCAAACUAUAGUGAGUACAGCAAAGGAGGUGACAAAAGGAACUACCCCAGUUCCGCAAAGCAUCGUGGUGCUUCAACAUCAAAGAAAGAUGCGGCGAAAAAAUUCUCCCAUUUAUUCGGCGUGGAAGCAGCCGAUUUAACGUCAACGACAACGGGACUUGAUUUAGAUUCGAUGCUGGAUAGAAGUGAUUCUGACCUAAGUACAAAUGAUGCGAGGACGAUAAGAAAACAAUUAGAGGGUCUUGAAAAUAUGUACAGUGAAGUAUUAAAGUUAUUGGGUGGAAGUGUAAAGAAAAAACGAAAGGCUAGAGGACUCGCUAGUUACGGUUCAGUUUCUUCUCUUCCAACUUCGUCAGUUUCUUCCAGACCAGUGACGAGGCAUCACGACAAGCGAAGAUCACACACGAUCGAUGAUAGAAUGAAGAAAGCAAAAGACAUCAAAAGCAUUAAUAAACGAUUUCAACGCCUCGAAUCUCACGUGGUCACUCUUGCAAGAUCUGUGGCACAUUUAAGUUCUGAGAUGAGAACCCAGCAUUUAAUGAUACAGGAAAUGGAGAACAUACGGGGAGAAAUCGCAGCUUUGAGGACGCAAACGAGCAUGGCCAUGGUCAGAUCUCAGUCUCAACCAUUGAUCAAAGACUCGGAAUUACCGGCACUUUCGAACCCGUCCAGAGUAAAGAAGCUUACCAAGUUUUUUGGGACGGAACCGCCACUCAUCAGGCUCUUCCUCAGGGAACUUGGGUAUGAGAAAUACGCCAGCGCCUUUGAGAAAGAAAAAGUAGGAAUGGUAGAACUGCCCUACUUGAGUGAAGAAAGGCUGCAAAAGAUGGGAGUCCCCUUGGGUCCAAGACUGAGAAUUCUGCAGGAAGCCAGGAUAUCCGUAUGCAAGGAUCCUGUCUACGUAGUGUGAAAUAAUAUAAAAGGACCAAAAAGACUAAAUGAACUCAUACAAAGUGCCGAGAAAGUGAAUAGUGAAAAUGAAACUCUUAUUUUAUUCAAACUGUCUUCCAUUUUCAGCUUUUCUCGAAAAAUGAAAAAAAGAAAGUGAGUUUUGCCAAGAGACUAAAUCAAAAAAGGACGAUUUCCGUUCGACUAUUCAAUACCGACUCUCUAAAUAGUAUUUUUAAUUUUUUAAGCUUGUUAAUUAAUCAUUUUCGCUCACUUAUUUAUGGAAAGGACCUCGAGGAUUUAAUCCUGAAGCCCUUCUUGAAACGCUUUUAAUUUCUGUUUUAUGUGUUAAAGAAAAGGAUAGAAUUUAAAACAAUAUUUUGAUAGAGACUUUUCAUGACUUGUGGCCUAGGUCCAUUUAUAUGUAAGAAACGAAUCAAAUUCGAGUGUGCGUUUGCCAAAGAGCGAUGUGUUAAAUAAAAUUGUUUAACUGACGACAAUGAAGACAAAAAUUAAUAAUAAACAAUCCUGAUAAAAUAAGUCGUAAUAUUUUAAAAAUAUUAAACGGUUUUGUUGAAUAUCACAAGGAAAGUGUUUUUAGUAUAACAAAUAAUUAGUAUCUUGUACAGUGGAAAUAAUUUUACUUUAGAAUAUGGAUAUUCCAAUAGGAAUAUUUUAAAUAUUGUUACGUUGUUUACAUUCGUAUUUAAAUAAUAAAAAGUACCGCUGAAUACUCGUUUGAAGUGAAUCUUUUAAAAUCCUACCUCGUAAAAUAGUAGCGUGUAGGAUAAUAAUUUUCCAACAUGAAAUUAUGAUUUAAGUAUUGUAAUUAUUUUCUAAUUUAUGAGUAUC